AUGGCCCGAACUCUUGAGUGGUUGCUGCUGUUGCUGCUGCUGCUGGUCUUCUGUUGCUGUGCCCAGAGUUUCCUCCAGAGAAAGACUCGGGGUGAAGUAAUGGGAAAACCGGGUGGCGCUUCUGUAAGCUGGUUUACCCAAAAGCUCAACCAUUUUAGCAAAAGGAAGCAGCCAAUCUGGCUACAGAAAUAUUACGUUAAUUAUGACUUCUACAAACCUGGUGGCCCAGUUUUUCUAAUGAUCGAAGGGCAUGAGCCUGCCAGUAUACAAUGGUUAAAAAGAAGUUUUACCUGGAUUACAUAUGCUCAAAGACUGGGUGCCCUCUGUAUACUUCUGGAACAUAGAUUUUACGGAGAUAGCCAACCAAUACGAAAUAUGAGCACUGAGCACCUCAGGCGCUACCUCAGCAGCAGGCAAGCCGUGGCUGACAUUGCCGAAUUCCGGACUGUUAUCGCACGGUCAAUGAACUUCACCGAAAACAAGUGGGUUGUAUUUGGUGGCGGCUAUGGGGGCGCCCUGGCAGUGUGGUCCAGGAUAAAGCACCCCAACCUGUUUGCUGCAGCAGUGAGCAGCAGUGCAAUGAUCCAAGCAAAAGUUAAUUUUAAUGAGUACUUUGAAGUAAUUUACAGAACUGUAGACACUCAUAACAGCGAAUGCCUGGAAGCAGUGAAACAAGCUUAUGGUUUCGUUAUGGCGAUGCUGUUACUCCCAGAUUACCACAGUAGGCUUAUAUUCGAUUACAAGUUAUGUGAACCUUUUAAAAUUAAAUCAGAAAUGGACCAGCUUUUUGUAAUAGAAAAAUUGAUGUUAAUUUUUGCGGCUGUUGUUCAGAAUAAUAAGAAAAAGAAUACUACUGUGGGAAUAAUGCGUAAGAUGAGCAUUGAUGAAUUUUGUGAGACGAUGACUAAUACUUCACUGGGUUCACCAUAUCAUAGAUAUGCAAGGAUUAUGAAUACAAUGCUCAGGAACAAAGGUUACCCUUGUUACCCUGCAAGUUACAAGCAAUAUGUUGAAGAGUACUCUGACUUUUCUUUUGAAACGAAUAAAUACAGAAGAGGCAGGCAAUGGUUAUAUCAAUGUUGCAAUGAAUUUGGCUGGUUUUAUACCACGGAUUUAAAGAACUCCUCCUUCACUGGAUUGCCUACCAGGUAUUUUGUUAAGAAGUGUUCAGAUGUCUUUGGCCCUAAGUUCAAUAACGAUUCAGUGUUUCAGGGUGUUAUGUCCACCAACAUGUACUAUGGUGGCUUAAAUGUGACAGGAAGCAAAAUCAUCUUUUCCAAUGGUUCCAAUGAUCCUUGGCACCGUUUGGGAAUCACAAAGGAUAUCAGUGCAAAUUUGCGAGCUGUCGUCAUUAAAGAUGGAGCAUUCUGUGACGAUAUGUUAGAACCACAGGAUACUGAUUCAGCUGAGCUAAAGCAAGCACGAAAAAAAAUCUUUCAGAUCCUAAAAAAAUGGCUGAGGAAAUAAAUCUCUUUGAAAUAUCAGAGCAACAGAAUACAAAAUCUGGCCUCACAUUUCAUUGCUCAAAUGUAAAACCACCUGAAAGGGCGAAAUUAGAGCAGACUCGAAAGUGUAAUUCUUCUAUGUAAGAUUUAAGUGUGUUUUGUUUUCAUGGAAGGACAUCUUGUUCUACGUUCCUUGCUGGCCUUGAGAAGCAGUAGACUAUCCCCAAUCACAAGAAAUUAAUUACCCUAGAGGGCAAAGUGCAACCAGAUAGUUUGAGGAUAUGGGGACUGAAGCUUUGCAUCCCAGUUUUCCAGGAUAUUCUCUAUUUCAUGAACUCUUAUUCUUUGCAAUAAGUGCCAUUCAUAAAACAUGAAUAUAAAUGGGUUUUGAUUAUGUAUACAUUAAUAAAUAAAUAAAUAGUAAAAAUGCUUUGCCAAAUAAUGAAUCCUUGUUUUGGUAAGAAAACUUAUGAACGGGUACAACAUGAGUGAAUUAGUAAAAAAAAAUAAUAAAACUCUUGUUUUUGUU